GACACAUGCUUAUGUCAGAGAAACAUGAUACUGAAAAAAAUUUACUGAAGAAAUAUUUUUAUUUACCUGUAUAAAAUAACGUCUAAUGCUUUCAUUUGCGAAAAAAAUUGUAAAACGAUUAAAAUGGAAUCCAACAAAGAAUUCAGAUACAAACAUUAUUCACAAUUCGUUUCUUCUGAAGAUUUUUAUGGGGGCACUUGAAGAAGCUUUGUUUUGGAGACAAUCGUGGUUUACUUUAUUAUGUAUUUUAUAUGUCAACAUUGUUGUUUUAACCCUAUCAUACUUUGAAGUAACUUUUCUGGAAUUUGUACUUAAACUAUUUAUAUUUAUUAUUAUGGCCGAUGCAUUUGAGACUUGGCUAAUAUACAAACAUAGGACAUCUUUUCUGAAAAAACUUGCAAUACAGGAUGGCUCCAUAUUGGUCAACAAUAUUAUAAAAGCUACAACAUGGAUGGAAUAUCAACUAUCGAACUUUAUUUAUUUGCGAGAAACUAAUCACACUAAGGCUUUUCUACUGGCUAAUAUCAUACUUGGUCUUGUAUUUAUUAUGAGCCAGUUUAUAAAUGGAUAUGUUCUCAUUUACUGUGUGUUGAUGCUUGCAUUUACAUUUCACAAAAUAGCGCCACCUGUAUACAGGGUGUGCCAGAAAAUAAAACAAAAUGCAGAAUCAGACAAUGAAAUUGAGAACCUAAUACCAGAUGUGUCAGAAGUAGAUUUAAAACUGUUGUCCUUUGAGCCAGAGCCAAUUAAGGAUGAGAAACAAAGUCUUGACUACUGGAAACCUGUAGACUUGGCAGCAGAUGAUGCGAGCGACAGUUCAGAUAAUAGCAGUUCUAUUGUUACUAACUUAUCAAUGGAAAAAUUGCCCAAAGAUGUGGAAAGUUCAGAUUCAAGUGAUGAUGAAUAUAUUCCUUUAGUCAAGCAAAAUGAUCAAUUGCAGUCAACUCUGGAAGAAGUCCAACCAGCAGGCAACUGGGGUUCCUCGGCUUUUAAUGUUCUUCGAAACAUAUCUGGUGCUGUGGCCAGUGUCUAUGUAGCACCGUCGGCAUUGGAUGAUAAAAAGCGCAAACGCAUAUCUAGUGUUGACUCUACUGAUGGGUUUGAAAUGAUUGAUAAGAGUGACCUUCUAUAAAAAGUUGAAUUAUUUAUUUAAAUUAAACUCAAUCGAUAUAA